CCUCUACCUCCGCACACGGCAUCGCCGAGUUCCUUCUGGAGUGCACUACAUUGCCUCUCCUUGUCUCAAAGCGUGGCGCAAGUCAGGCCCAGAACUGUUUGCUUCACUCAUCUUAUAAGCGUCUGUCACGCGUCUUUACCACGAAGACAGCUGUCACUCCACCGUCGCGGCGCAAACAAACAACAACAAUAAGGCUGAAUCUACAACGCAGCUAUGCCGUACCGUGUUGAGCUCGCCAAGCAGGGUCGCGCCGGCUGCAAGAACACAGAGUGCAAGAAGGAAGGUAUCAAGAUCACCAAAGGAGAGUUGCGAUUCGGCACGCUGGUCACCAUUGACGAGCACCAGAGCUGGGGCUGGAAGCAUUGGGGAUGUGUUACCCCGCUUCAAGUUGAGAACCUCAGGGACGAAUCAGGUGGCGAUACUGACAUGGUCGAUGGCUAUGAUGAGCUUGACGCCGCUUCGCAGGCCAAAGUCAAGGAAGCCCUUGAAGUCGGGCAUGUUGCUGAUGAAGAUUGGCGAGGGGACGUUGAGGUGAACCGACCGGGCAUGAAGGGAUUCCGCGUCAAGGCAACCAAGGCGAAGAAGAAGAAGAAAGGAGAUGACGAGGAGGUUGAUGGAAAUCCGGAUGAGAAGCCAGCUCCCAAGAAGCGUGGACGCAAAGCUUCCGAGCUUGAUGGUGAGGAGCCCACUCCAAAGAAGGCCAAGGGUAAAGGCAAGAAAGUCGUCGCCAAGGACGAAGGAGACGAUGAAGAGGUCGCCGAGCCGAAACCGAAGAAAACCAGGGCCAAGAAGGCGGCCGCCAAGAAGGAGGAGGAGGAAGAAGAAGAAGAAGAAGACCACACUAUUGAGGAGGCUGAAUCCAAACCGAAGACGAUGAGGGGAAGGAAGGCUGCCACCAAGAAGGAAGUUAUCGAUGAGGACGAUGAGGCCGAAGAGAACAUCGAGGCUCCAAAGCCCAAGCGGGGCAGGAAGAAGGUUGCUGCUGCUGCUGCUGAUGAUGGCAAGCCAGCUCCCCAGAAGAGGGGCCGAAAGAAGAAGGCUGCGGCUGAGGACGAGUAAUUUGGUAGCAUCCCAUUGCCUUCCAGGACGCCUACUCAAUCCGCCUUCCUCCCUAGUAUAUUUCUGCACACAUCAUAGACACAUCUUCCACAUGUCCCUUGUUAUCUCGGUAUGUGUGAGGGUAACGAGGAGGGAAAACGCGUUCUUCCAAAGGCUUAGGGAUGUUAGCCGAUAUCCGAUUAUUUUUUCUGAGCCUUCCAAAACUUCUUUGUAAUAUAGAUACCCAUGAGCGCUACCAUUUCAUGUAAAUUGUCCGAAUUCGUAAUGUAGCAGGAUAAUCC